GACUAUUAGACUUUAGUGCCUCACGCCUAGGCAUCGGAGGUGCAGCUGUAUCUUUUAUCAAGUCAAGUCGCUCCCCGGCAGGUACAUCCAGUGAACGGAGGAACUCUCUAUCACGACCGCAGCAAGAGGCUAGUUUAAACUCGAACUAACUCCAAUGAUGGUAUCCCAGUGUCUGCGCCGCCACCCUGAUGGGUUCACAACUCAUUCAUAAGGCCCAUGACGUGUGUGUGAAACACAUUCUUUGACCUCUAGAUGGAGUAUUCGACCGAUCAUUUCGCAGCAGCGAGGAGCUUGCAGCUCGCUACGUACAUACACAUAUCGAUGGCUACAUUCUGGACUUAUGAUUAUGCAUGUUCACUUCAUGAAGAGUGGAAAUUUUUACUUCGAUCACGCUGGGGCAAGAUGAAAGCCCUCUAUAUCGUCACACGAUACCUCCCCUUCAUCUUUCUCGCCACGGAUCUAUAUCUGUAUUGUACCCCGAAUGAGAACCCAAGUAAAUGCCGGGUGUUGGAAAAUACUGAAUCAGGUCUUGGAAUAGUAUUAGUCAUUGUCUCUGAAAGUAUCUCUCGUUCCCCCCAUCUCAUGUGUCUUUCUGAUCUGAUCCAUCCAGUUUUUUUUAUCCUCAGAACAUAUGUGCUCUGGCACAAGAAUAUAAUCUUACUCACAGCCAUGCUGUCCACCUUUUUCGUGAGUUCCCAAUCCAAUCACCAUACCCAAGCUAGUGGUAGAUGCAUCAGCCAGAUUGUUCUCGCAACAGCCUUCAGCAUUGCCUUCACCACUGGAGUCCCCGCAGCAUAUGCGACUAGUGGGGUUCCGGGCAUCACAGGGUGCUACCAGAGUUCGACCAGUUUCCAGUACUUCAUACCAUUUCUUCUCCUUUCUGUGUUCGAACUAGGACUCAUGGUGCUCACGCUCAUACGCGCCAUACAGAACUGGCGGAUAAACUCAAGCCGUCUGUACGUUGCCUUGGUGAACCAUAACAUAUCCUAUUAUGCAUGCAGUUUUCGUGAGCUUACACAUGUUCGUGCUGUUUUCCUGUACUCAUCCACGAUCACUGUCUUUCCCGAAGUGCUCUCGCUAACGAACGUCUUCGCAUCGCUGCUCCUCCAGUACUCCUAUCAGAACAUUUUAUAUGAUUUCGAGUUUAUGACCCUUGCAAUCCUUGCCACACGCAUGCACCUCCAUCUCUGGCAAACGGACCAACGUGCACACGGCUCUGGCACCCUCAUGCAUAUUCCAAUGUCCGACGUGCCAUCUGUAAAUUCAACGGCGUGACCUGUGGCUUAUUCGAUGUCGUUCGUGGAGCGGUGCUUGGAUCGUACAAGAUGACUGCUGAGUGAGUUUGGUAGAGUUUGCUACGUACUUGACUUGUAGGAUGAGUCUGUCGCGGAGGUGGGAGGAGUAGUAUAUCAAUCCCAAAUCUUGCUUGUGUGAAAAUUCCGAAACUGCCGAUGUGUCAUCCAAUAUCAAGUUACUCCCUGGCCGGUACAUCCAGU